AUGGAUGCUGAAAAGAACGGCCUGCCACCGUACAGUGCCGUGGCAGCUGGACCAGCUGCGACGCCUCCUCACCCGCAAUGGCAACAUCAUCACCCACGACGACAUAUCAGGCGGUCCAGAGCAGUGCGUCUGGCCGUGCUCUCAUUCCUGGCCUUCAUCGUCUACGCCCAGUGGAAGCAGAUUCCCUCAACCUCGGACCAUGGUAGGGGCGGCCACGGGCACCACCCAAAGACUGUCAGUCAACAUGGCCUGUCCCUGGCCAAGCUGCACGACGACCUCGCCGUGUGCUCUAAGCUUCGCACCAAGCCGCAGGAUCCCAUUGGUUUGGGUCGUGAGCGCAAUGCGCGCUACAUUGACGGCCACAAGCCCACCCUCAUCCGGAACGCGACCAUCUGGGUGGGCGAGCCUGUUCAGGGCACCUCACCUGAGGAUGCCCGCGCCGGGAAGGGCUGGGAAUGGAUCACUUCUGAUGUCUACGUUGAGUAUGGCCUCAUCAAGGAGGUGGGCAAGGACAUCGUAGUGGCAGGCCUGCCCAACGAUACCAUCAUCUGGGACGCCAAGGGCCGCCAGCUCACAUCCGGCAUCAUUGAUAUGCACAGCCACUCGGGCGUCGAUUCGCUGCCUGACCUGAGGGGCAAUGAUGACACCAAUGAGAUGUCGUCCGACAUCACUCCCUAUGUUCGCUCCAUUGACGCCAUCCAGCCUGGUGACCAUCAGAUCCAGGUCAUCAAGUCCGGCGGCGUGACCACAAGUUUGGUCUUGCCGGGCUCAGGCAACAACAUCGGAGGCGAGGCGUAUGUGAUUAAGCUUGCCGUUGGAAAGCCCGACGGCCGCGACGAGAUUGGUGCAGAGGACAUGCUCGCGGACCCAGACAGGAACUGGCGGUACAUGAAGAUGGCCUGCGGCGAGAACGCUAAGCGCAUCUACGGCAAGGUUGGCGAGAGGGGCCCUGUCAGCCGGAUGGGCGAGUCGUGGGAGUUCCGUCAUGCUUUUGAGCAGGCUGCGAAGCUGAACGGUGAGCAGGACGAUUGGUGUGAUGCCGCGGAUGAGUUCGGCGUGGAGAACAUGCCCUCGUAUCUCCCGCAGGAGCUGCAGUGGGAGUCUCUUGGUGCCGCCCUCCGCGGACAGGUGCAUAUCAACACGCACUGCUACACUGUGCCUGACCUUGAGGCCAUGGUGGACCACACGAACGAGUUCAAAUUUGCCGUGCGGGCCUUUCACCACGCCCAUCAGACCUUCCUCGUGCCUGAGGUAAGUCCUGAUACAAAAUACGUGCUACAGAUCUUGAAGCGCACCUGGGGCGGGAGGCCACCAGCCUCGGCCAUCUUUGCAACCAACAUGUACUACAAGGCUGAGUCUUAUAUCGGGUCAGAGUAUGCGGGCAAGAUCCUUUACGAGGAAGGACUGACGCCUGUCUAUGUCUCUGACAACCCUGUCCUCAACGCCCAGCAUGUCCUCUUCGAGGCCGCCAAGGGCUACAAAUUUGGUCUUCCCUACCACGCUGCCCUGAGUGCCGUCACCACCGAGCCAGCCGACCUGCUGGGUCUGGGCAACCGCCUCGGCAAGAUCAAGCCUGGCUACGAUGCAGACAUUGUUGUCUGGGACUCGGACCCGCUGAGCGUCGGGGCCACUCCUGUCCAGGUCUGGAUCGACGGCACCGCGCAGUACGAUAAACCUUUUGAGCUGGUGAAGCCGCUCGCCGAGCCCAUGGUCCCGGAUCUCACCCUGAACAGCACGCAUGAGGAGAUCGCACUGCUCGAGGAUGUCGUGUUUAGCGGUGUGACCAAGGUGCUGCUGAGCAACGACGAGGGCUUCGAGACGGCGGCGGCAGAGGCACCCCUCAACGUUGUCGUCUCGGGCGGCAAGAUCACCUGUGUUGGGCCAUGCAUGGUUGAGAUGAGCGCAGCUACUGCAAAGGGGGCCCAGGCCAUCCACCUAAGCAACGGCCAUCUUACUAACUCUUUCAUCGCUUUCGGUUCCACACUCGGCCUGAAUGCCAUCGACGCCGAGUCCAGCACCGACGACGGCGACAGCUCCAAGGUCUUCAGCCGCGCCAUCGAUGGCCUGGCCCUUGACACCAAGAAGCUGCACGUCGCCCACGAGUUCGCCAUCACCCGUGCUAUCACCGCGCCCGAGUUCGCAGGAGGAUCCGACAACGCCCGACAAGGCGUGAGCGUGGGCUUCUUGACAGGAGCAAAAACGGCCCUUGACAGCGGCGCUGUGUGGGCGGACGAUGUUGCUGUGCACUAUACGCUCACCGCCACCGCCAAGCGGGACGACACCCCUUCCAUCUCAAGCGCCGUCGGGGCCCUGCGCCGCAAGCUUCUCAAGGCUGUCGCCGCCGCCGCGUCGUCGAUUGAGAAGGAGGAGGUCACCAAGGACCCUUAUUCGGAGGAGGCCUACCUGGAGAAGGUUGUUGCGGGCGAGAUCCCCCUGGUCGUGACUGUGCACUCCGCCGACACCAUCGCCGCGAUUCUUCGUGUCAAGAAGACAGUUGAGGACGAGCUCACCACCUCAUCUUCCGACAAGAAGAUCCGCUUGGUGAUCGUCGGCGGCGCGGAAUCCCACCUCGUCGCGGACGAACUUGCGGCUGCUGGCGUUGGCGUCGUGCUCGCACCCGUACAGAGCUACGCCACGAGCUGGCAGCAGCGCCGCUCCCUUUCUGGCGCCCCACUCACUAACGGCACAACCGUGGACAGCCUGGUCAGGGCUGGUGUGGUGACGGCGCUGGGGCUCGAGGAAGAUUGGAUCGUGCGGGACUUGGCCUUACAGGCGGGUGUGGCCUACAAGAAUGGCGAGGGCAGGCUGAGCGAGCAGGAUGCGCUGGAUCUUGUGUCUGCUAAUGUUUAUAGGAUUCUGGGGCUUGAGGUGCCCAAGGCUGAGGUGGACAGGCAUUUUGCCGUGUUUGAGGGGAGUCCGCUGGAGAUUGGAUCGCGGGUGAAGGCUGUUGGGGGUGGACUGGGGAGGGUUUCUCUGUUUGAGUAG